CGUUCCAACUACGCACAUGACGGUGGCUCUCAGCUCAAACGGUGUGUGGAAUCAGCUGGGAGCGGAUCUUCAAAACAUGGCAAUGUGAUACUGUUCGCUUCUUGGGCCAGGUCAUUUGUUACGUGGACAUCGUCGCUACACGUUCAUCAACAUACGAUAAGACCUCGAGAGGAAAAAUGGUUGUUGCGUGUGCGUAAUCGCCGCUUUGGUGAGCCAACAUCAUUCGGUGUAUCGCUUCAACGAAAAUGGCCAUUUCGUCGAGCAAAGACGUAUCAUUUUACCGCCCAAAAGCCUCGAAGCUAGACUUAUGGAAGCCAAUUGGACGGUCUCUAAUCAUCAUGAGCUCAUGACGGAUUCAGAGUGGUAAAACAAGUUUUCUGGAAGCAUCUUUCCCAGAAAAGUACUUGCGGACUUGCUCCUCCACAUCGAGGAAUCAGCCAAAACAGAACUCUCAACACGCAGAGACGAAUCAUCGAGGAAGACGGCUUGCUGAGUGGUGGAGUCGAUGAUCGACUCUCAUUUCACGUGCGUGGUCAAAAGGGCUCUUCAAUUUAAUAUCUCUCAAUUGAAACGACCUUCCAUCCUCUGGAAGCAUUGAUUCUAGUUGUGAAUGAACGCUGGCCAGGGAAUCCGAUUCUGGAUUCAAAGAUUGCACUCAAAACAAUUUCCUUUUCGACUCAUUCGAUUCGAGACCAUGAAGAGCGAGAUCAAGAACUUGCCUCCACCAUGUGACUCGCCCAUUUGGGGCUAUGGGCCCGUACUGGACACCAUUCAAAAGGCCGGGAUUUUCUCGGACAGCAAGACUUUUGUCGAUUUGAAGCUCAAUCAUUCAGAGGAGAAAAUCUUAGAGAAUUUCAAGAAACUACCCGACAAUCCAAGUCAUGCAGUUCUUCUGGAAUUCAUCAACGAGAACUUCUGUCGGAACUUUCACCAAGAAAUGACGACCUGGACCCCGGACGAUUGGGUAGAAGAGCCCGAGUACCUCGAGAGCAUCAAGGAUGAGAAACUACUCUACAUCGGUCGACAGAUCAAUACCAAAUGGUUGGAGCUCAGCCGAAAGUGUUCCUCGGAGUUGGCCAAGACCCCCGAGAAGUUCUCCAAGAUCCAUUUGCCGUACGGGUUCAUUAUCCCCGGGGGACGAUUUCGAGAGAUCUAUUACUGGGACAGCUACUGGAUUAUUUGUGGCCUUCUGAUCUCAAAGAUGACGGCCACCGCCAAUGGCAUCAUCGGGAACUUGCUCCAUCAAGUGGAUCGAUUUGGACAUGUGCCCAAUGGAACCAGGAUCUACUACAUGAGACGCACACAACCGCCUUAUUUGAUCCCGAUGAUGGCCAAAUACAUUGAAAAAACAACGGAUCUGAAGUUCCUUGCCGAAAGUAUCGCAACCAUGGAGCGUGAGUUAGACUUUUUCGAAACACACCGAAGAAUCGAUUACACUUGGGAAGGUCGGCGCUACACAGUCUUCCAUUUCGGAUCCGAGAGUAGUGGACCUCGGCCCGAAUCCUACAAGGAGGAUCUGGUCGAGGCUCAAGAGAAUUUCGACACCAUCGAGGAACAGGAGGAGUGCUACAUGCACAAGAAAGCUGCGGCCGAGUCGGGAUGGGACUUCUCGAGCCGAUGGUAUAUCGACGAAAAUGGCGAGAAUAAAGGUCCUCUAAUCAACACGAAAACUUGCUAUAUCGCUCCCACCGACCUGAAUGCACUCAUGUACCAGAACUACCGAUUCAUGGCCAGAUUCCAUCGGAUGCUCGGCUCCGAGGAAAAAGGCAGGUUCUACGAUGGAAAGAGCGGCGAUAUUUUGCGCAGUUUGAACGAACUCUUUUGGUGCUCUCAAGAGCACAUGUGGUUUGACAUUGACAUGCUCAACAACAAACGACGAUACUAUUUCUAUGCUUCCAACCUAUUCCCACUUUGGGCCGAGGCUUACGAGCCUUUUCGGGCGUUCCACGUGGCCAAAUGCGCCGUCAACUACUUGCAUCGAUCCGGGGCUUUGAAUCACCCGGGUGGAAUCCCGGCCAGUUUAGAGCAUACUGACCAGCAAUGGGACUAUAGUGUGUGGGCUCCCUUGCACCAUUUCAUUAUCUAUGGACUAAAGAAGACGGGGGACGAACAAGCCAUUAAAUUGGCCAAGAAGAUUACCAAGAAGUUUGUUCAAGCUAUUUUAAGCAAUUGCACUAUCAAUGCUUUAUCGACGUCGUUUUUCGAAAAGUACGACCCGGAUAAUCCUGGCCGUCCUUUUGAUGGGGGUGAAUACUCGGUUCAAGUUGGCUUUGGCUGGACCAACGGCGUAUUGGUAGACUUUAUCAACCAAUACGGCGACGACUUGACCAAACCUUAAUGCCUUAUGUGACACGUUCUUAUAUUCAAAUCUUGGCGCCUCUUCUCAGGCUCUAUUCGUUUCAGCAAUACACUGUAGCAUGGUCUUCA